AAAUCAUCCCAAUUCGAUCGGAAGCUGCCGAAACCUAAACCCCAUGAAGAUCUCCGAGCUCUCCCCCGAGUACCGGCAGCCUCCGCCGCACGCCGGCCUCCUCACCGACCUCAACAGGGUCGUCGCCGACGUCGAGGCAUUUGACACCUCCGACUCCUCCCCGGAUAAGCUCGCCGCGGAUCUCCGCCGCCUCCUCACCAGCCUCGCCUCCGCCGCUUCCUCCUCCUCCUCACCCCUCACUGCAGCGUUCAGGCUUAAGGUAUGGAACCUCGGCUUCCGUCUCUGGAACGCGUGCGUCGACCGCGCCAACUCCACCGCCCUGGCGAGGGGCCCCGUCGCCAGGGUCGCGGAGGCGGAGAUCCGGCAGGCGGCGCCGGAGCUCCUCCUCUUCGCCGGUCUCCCUGACGUCCCCAACGCCGCUGCGAAGGCGGCCUCCUUGUUCCACCGCACCGGCAUGGUCUGGCUUGACCUCGGCCGCUCCGACCUCGCCUCCGCCUGCUUCGAGAAGGCCACGCCGCUGGUUUCUGCCGCCGAGACGGAAGAGGAUCGGACCGUGCUCCUAGACCUUAACCUCGCGCGGGCGCGCACGGCGUUGGGCGCGGGCGAGCAUGCCCUCGCCGUGGCGCUGCUGAGCCGGUCCAAGCCCCUCGCGGCGGCGUCUCUCGAGGGGAUCAAAGCCCUCGCCGUGGAGUACCUCCUCAUCGGCAAGGCCGCCCUCACCACGAAACCCUCGAAUCCCGCCCUCGACGCGUCCAGCCUCCUUACCGAAGCGCUUGAUCUCUGCGAGAAGGCCGCGGCCUCCCCCUACUGCGCCACUCCAACAACCCCGAGAUCCACUCCUGCAGCCCCAAAUUUCCAAAUGAUCAAGGAUCAAUGCCUCCGCUUCCUCGCCGUCGAGCGUCUCCAAGCGAACGACUACGAGGGCACCCUGCGCUGCAUCGGGGUCUUGAGGGCCUCGCUGGGACUGCGCGAGGAGCACCCGAGCGUCGGGUUCAUGGCGCUGCGCGCGUAUCUCGGCAGCGGGAACUUGACGGAGGCCGAGAGGGAGCUCGAGAGGCUCAUGGCGAAUGCCGAAGCGCCGGACAGUGUGUGCGUGUCGGCGGCCGAGCUGUACCUUGCCAGCGCGGGGCCGGAGGCUGCACUGAAGGUGCUCGCUGCGCUUGCCGCACGGUGCCGCGCCGGGGGUGCAGCCGCAGCGGCAGCAGUGAGGGUGGUGAAAAAGGUGGUCGAGGGUGCUGGCAGGGGGACUGGGCGCGCAAGAGCGAUCGCUGAGCUCGUGUCGGAUGAGAGGUUGGUGGCGCUGUUCGAUGGCCCUGCUAACGCCCAUGAGCGUGGCACAAUGCAAGCACUGCUGUGGACCUGUGCCACUGAACAUUUCCACGCAAAGAACUACGAGACCAGCGCGGACUUGAUUGAGAGGUCGAUGCUUUAUGUUUCCCGUGACGAGGAAAGCAGAUCCCGCCGCGCAGACUGCUUCCGAGUACUUUGCCUUUGCCAUAUGGCGCUUCGGCAUCUCGACCGGGCCCAAGAGUUCAUCAUUGAGGCCGAAAAGGUUGAACCCAAUAUCCACUGUGCUUUUCUGAAGUUUAAGAUCCUUGUGCAGAAGAAGGAGGAGGAUGCGGCUAUCAAGCAGAUGAAGACCAUGGUGAGUUAUGUUGACUUCAACCCUCAGUUCCUGACACUCUCAAUCCAUGAAGCUAUUGCCUGCAAGUCUGUCCGUGUGGCAGUUGCUUCAUUAACCUUCUUUCUGGGCCUCUACUCUGCUGGGAAGCCAAUGCCAAUGACCGAGACUGCUGUCCUCCGCAACCUUAUAUCCCUCCUCCUUCGGGAGCCAGGAUCUGAGGCUGAGAUCCUGAAAUACUCAAGAUGUGCCAAGCUACGGAUGACUGAACUUGGCGUGGAAGCUUUUUUUGGCAAGGGAACUGUAGGGAUGCGUGAACUAAAUUGGUUUGCAGUCAAUACAUGGAAUAUGGCUUUAAAGGUGGCAAAUGAGAAGAAGUAUGAUUAUUGUGCUGAGUUCUUUGAGCUUGCAGCUGAAUUUUUCGGUUCAAGCAAUGUUGAGGAUGAGGCAAACCGUCUUCUGGUUUGCAAAUCAUUGAUCAUGAGUGUCAGUGGCAUGCUCCAUGCUGAGGAGCUAAACAAAUUUCCAUUGUCAGAUUCUGAUAUUAAAAAGGGUGUUGAGAUGCUCAGCAGGGCUGGCAAGCUAUUACCCUCGACUUGGCCUUCUGCUCCAUUUAACUCUGAUCAGUUGGUGGAUAACAACUUCCCGUUCCUCCAUACCUUCACAUUCUACCAACUUCUUGACAGGAUGGACACUAGCGCACAGCCUCAGCAGCUCCAACUAGUCAAGAAUUUUGCAGCAUCUAAAGCAUGCACACCAGAUCAUCUUCUCAGGCUUGGGGAAAUAGCUUCGCAAGGUACCCAACCGAACCUACUGGUUGCUGAAUUUGCCCUAAAGGCCAGCAUCACCACUGCCCUUGCUUCUCACUCGCCGAACUACGGGGUAAUCAGCGCUGCCCUCAGGAAGCUAGUGUACCUUUCUGGGUUCCAAGACUGCAAUGGUAGCAAGAGUGAUACAGCCUAUGAUGUAUUUCGACAAGCUUUCCAGAUUGUGGUUGGACUGAGAGAUGGUGAGUAUCCAUAUGAGGAAGGGAAGUGGCUUGCAACGACUGCAUGGAACAAGUCAUUUUUGGCUGUGCGCCUUGGGCAAGUUUCAGUUGCUAGAAAAUGGAUGAAGUUGAGUUUGGAUCUCGCUCGGCAUCUUGAGAGCAUGAAGCAGAAUAUAACAGUGAUGGAGGAAUACAUCGAACACUUUCAGAAGAUAUAUGGUAAAGAAUCUGAUGAAUGUAGCCAGCAAGAUGGGGCACCAAGUACCAGUAUGUCUGGCAGCGCGUCUCAACCUGUCCUAGUAUAGAAUUUGUGAAUGGGGUCAGUUCACGGCUGGAGAGAUAAACAGAGCAUUUGUUUGAAUGAUAUACAGAUAAAUUUCUUUCCAUCUUAUUGAUUUGUGGUCAAAUGUUCUUUCAUUUGAUUAUGAAAAUUCUGCAUCCAUUUGAUGAUUUCUAUAUCAGAUGUGGAUUCUUCUGUUGGCAGUACGGACAUCGUUGAACUUUAGUAGGCUCGUCUGUAGGAGAAAGCCAAAAUUUGUCUCAUAUCGGACAAUAUCUCAAUAGCCAUCUAGAAACGUUGGCAGUAAGAGCGUCCUUCAGUUUUACCAUACUGUAUAGAUGGCAUUGCCAUCCAAAUUAUUGUGGCAGAAAGUUGGGGUUGAAGAGGACCAAAGAAACAGAACUUGAAACAUUCUACACAACCAUAGAACUAUCUGACGUGCACUAUUCUGAACAUACCAAAGGGGGUCCUUUUCGAUCGUGGAAUGAUUGGUUUUACUCUGUGAAUAACCCUUUCUUUUUUUUGUUAUGGAUAUUCUAUUGCCUUACACAGGGACCAGGUUCUGAUGGUGAUGCACGAUCAUAACCAGCUAGUGGUGCAGCAGCUACCCCUCUUUGGUUCAGCAAACACCUGAAGCGUGCCAAUCUUGAUGUGACUGAUCUUGGGUCUUUUGCAAGCUUCUCAGUCGGAGCCCACAGCCUCUCUUCAAGCCAAUGCAAUGCAAGAGGAUUAGUGAGUCAAAAUUGUUUUACAGAUGGUAGUGCAUUCAUGCAUUCCUUGGUAUAUUGAUGAGUAUUUUCCAUCAAGCGAAGUUCACAUAUCAUACUAUCAGGAGCUACAAGGUUGCAUGUAAACUUUGCUUCUGUUACUGUGAACCAUGCCCUUAAAUAAUAUUUUGAAAUAU